AUCAGUGUAUUGACAUUUGGUACAUACUAAAGUGGAAGAAGAAGGAGAAGGGGAAGGAAGAAGAGGAGACGACAGAGGAAGAAUGAGGAAGAGAAAGGAGGUGGGCGAAGAGGAAGGAAGAAGGGGAAAUGGUGGAGGAAGAGGACAGUAAAAGAGGAGAUAGUGGAGGAAGGAAGGAGAGGAGACAAUAAAGGAAGAGUAGGUGGUGGAGGAAGAGGAAGGAGGAAGACGAAGAAGGAGAGGAUCCACUGGAGGAAGAGGAGGGAUGAGGUAGUGGAGGAAAAGUAGUAGAAGUGGAGCGUGUACUUGGUCGGUGACAGCAGUGGACGAUGGGGGGGAGGCAGCAUGCGUCAAGGUUUGUUCUCGCGAUUUGGGCUGGAUCGCAAGGAGGAGGCAUGCCUUUUUUUAGUUUUUUAUGGCUGCACUGAACGGGCAGAAUUGGGUUAGGUCCAUGGAUCAAAUCGGUGAAUAUUGGCAUGAUAUGCAAUAUCGUACAGUACCGCUCGGUAUGGGUGGUACGUACUGAUCCGAUAGAGGACUGGUAUAGGCGGUGCACUUAUAUAGUUCGGUACGUGUCGUACCGAUAGCUGAUCGGUAUACUGGUAUGGUAUGGUAUUCAGAACCUUGAAUAUUGGCACCAAAUCAGAUGUUAUCUUCUCCUAUGCUUAUGUCCCAACAAGUAUCCGAGAGGAAGGAAUUUCCUGCUAAAAGCUGGAAACCAUUGAAUGGUCCAUUUUUUGGACAGUGGCGUCAAUCACCACAUAUGUGGAACAUGACAAGUGCACAAUCAGACUUGCAACAGCGGUUGUCAUAUGAAUUUGACAGACCUAAUUGCAUUGAGAAACUUACUCCUGGUGGCCGUCAUUCUAUUUUAGCGCAUGAAAAGAAAUUUGAAAACCUCUCUGAGAGACCAAUUACUAGCAAUGUCGCAAGAGAAAGAUAUGUCAAUGGUAAAAUAGGUAUUGAUGCAGCUUCUACUUUUGGUAUGUUCCAUGGAGAAGACAAUGCUGAUGGAGUGCAAGAUUCUUGCCGCCUUGUUGGAGAAAAUGAUUCUGUCUCUACAAGGAAAGCAGUGAAUGGAGACCCUUGUUCCACCAGUGCUUCUGGAGCUAACCUUGAUGCACAUCCAAAUUCAUGUGUGAAGCCAGCAACAUCAUCUGCAAUAAAGGAAGAUACUUCACCUCUUGGAUUGGCUGCUCCUUUUCAAUCGACAAAUGAUCUGAAGGAGCCAAGUAGAUAUUCAAACCAAUCACAAGGUCAAGCAGGUUAUCCUCUGUCAAAGCAAUUCUACCCUCAAAGCAUGAUGGAUGCUGAAUUACAAACUCAAAUACGCAAUGGAAAAUCUCGAGUAGAUAACCGAGCACGGUCCCAGUUACUUCCUCGAUAUUGGCCUAGAAUAACCGAUAAAGAGCUACAACAAAUAUCGGGAGAUUCAAACUCUGUGAUUACUCCAUUGUUUGAAAAGAUGUUGAGUGCUAGUGAUGCUGGUCGGAUUGGACGUCUCGUGCUGCCAAAAAAAUGUGCUGAGGCCUACUUUCCUACAAUUUCUCAACCUGAAGGACUUCCUUUAAAAGUUCAGGAUGCAAAUGGCAAGGACUGGGUGUUCCAAUUUCGUUUUUGGCCUAAUAAUAACAGCAGGAUGUAUGUUUUGGAGGGGGUAACACCUUGUAUUCAGGCAAUGCAAUUGCAAGCAGGUGACACAGUAACAUUUAGCCGGAUAGAUCCAGAAGGGAAGUUAAUUAUGGGAUUCAGAAAGGCUUCUAGUGUUUCCAACGAACAGGACUCUCAAACACUUAAAUCUGGCAACGGUUUCUCAACACCUCCAGAGGGUGACAACAAAGGCACUGCUAAAGAUUUUAAGGGCAAUCCAGAACCAAGAAACUUGAUCAAUACAGCAGAGCAGUGGAACUGCACUAAGUUAGCAAAUGAAGGCCUGUUACAAAAGGAUGGGCUCGAUGCUAGAUCCUCACAGGGUAGUAGAAGGAAAGGUGGCAAUCUUGGUUCCAAGAGUAAACGUCUACGGAUUGAAAAUGAGGAUUCCAUGGAAUUGAAAGUAACAUGGGAAGAGGCUCAACAGCUGCUUCGUCCACCUCCUAACUGUAUUCCUAGUGUUGUUUUGGUUGAAGGUCAUGAGUUCGAAGAAUAUGAGGAAGCACCAGUGCUUGGGAAGCCGACAUACUUUACCACUAAUCAAUCUGGUGAAAACUAUCAAUGGGCUCAGUGCGAAGAUUGCUCAAAAUGGCGUCGACUGCCUGUAGAUGCACUUCUGCCAUCUAGAUGGACCUGUUCCAACAAUAUGUCGGAUCCUGAAAGGUCUUUGUGCUCAGCUGCUCAGGAAUUGAGCAUGGAGCAACUGGCAGAAUUGAUCCCUUGUAAAGCAGGUGCAUCUAAGAGAUCAAAGGUUAAAGUUGAAACUGACAAUAUUGAAGUUUCAGAUGGGCUGGAUACGCUUGCUAACCUUGCCAUUCUUGGAGAGGGUGAAAACCUUCCUCCUUCUCAACCUACAACAAAGCAUCCAAGGCAUAGGCCUGGCUGCACAUGCAUUGUAUGUAUACAGCCUCCAAGUGGCAAGGGCCCUAAGCACAAGCAGACUUGCACAUGCAAUGUUUGCCUCACAGUCAAACGCAGGUUCAGGACCCUCAUGCUUAGGAGGGAGAAGCGUCAGUCAGAGAAGGAAGCUGAGACUGCAAGGAAGCAGCAGAAACAACAGUCCAACCAAUCACCAGAGAAAGCACCAGGAGGAAGUGACCCAUUAAAAACUGAUCUAGGUGUGAACAAAUCCCCUCAGAAAGCAAUGACAAAUGAUGAGGGGAUCAGUGAUGAGGGACUCGAGCGAAGAAGAGCAUCGCAGUCUCCUCUCAAGGCCCCUCAGAUUGAUUUGAACAUUCAACCAGAACGAGAGGAAGAACCAUCACCAAAAUCUGACUCUGGCAGCAUGAUGAGGCUUCUGCAAGAUGCUGCGACGUAAACAGCUUUAGAUUGUUGAAACAAGUGAGAAAGGUGGUCCGCAUCUGUAACUUGCGUUCAACUAUCUUCGAGUUGAGGCAAAACACACUCCCAGCAUGUCUGUAGACUAGGCUGUAGAAGCAGUAUGUUAGAAUGCCAAUCUUCACCAUUGUUAAGUCUUGUUUUUUGUCUUUUUAAAUAACUGCAGAGUAUGUGAAGGUAAAUUUGAAAGAUUGUCCAUUUGAGCAUUCAAAGUUGUGGUAAAAUUUAUAAGCAGACAAGGGAAAGUAGUUGUGAGAAGGCAAGGUGAGUUUAAGUGAAUAGUAUGGUGCAGCUAAAGAUUUCUUACACCUAUGUGAGAAGAAUUAUUUUAGUUUAUACUGAUGAUGAUGUGGCAACUUUUCGAGGAAGCAACUGUUGCAGUAUGAACAUUUUUUUAGUUGGAAAUAUAUUAUGUGAAAUAUGUAUUUUUA